GUUUCAGUUGAUGAAUUUGAUCCCAUCAUAUAGUUAUCUUCAUAAAUGGCGAUUUAUUUUUAAAAUGAGCUGGCUACGAUACCCUUCUCUGGUCAGAUAUGGAAUGUCAGAUAUAUAUCCUAUCCAAAGGUAGUAAACAUUCGACCCUCUAAUUUCACAUUUAUUUUUUAUGAAUUUUUCUGAAGUGCCAUUUUAACACACAAGUCUAUGGGGAAUGUUUUACGCGCGUGACACCGUAAGAUCGUAUCUCUGUGAAUGCCAACUACUAUAGCGCCAUCUUACAAUGAUAUCUAGCCAGCUAACUUUGCACGGUGCAUGGAUCCAGUGAAGGCCCACCGUAUUUUUUUUUAGUUUACAUUUGCACAUCUCGAAAUCAUGCCGGUGAUGGACCACAAACGGAAAGCAGAGGAAGGUGCUUUAGUUGCAGUUAAAAGAUCGAAGCAUCAUGAACUUGUGGCUGCAAGCAAUCAACAAAAUGCUCUCAUGCAAGCGGGGCCACCUCGCCUAUCUAGCAUGACUGCAGCUAUCAUGCUAUUGACUGGUCAUGAGGGGGAGAUCUUCAGUGCUAGAUUCCAUCCUAAUGGACAGACAUUGGCAUCAGGUUCAUUUGACAGGUCUAUCUUUUUAUGGAAUGUGUAUGGAGAGUGUGAGAACUAUGGAGUAUUGAAGGGCCACCAAGGUGCAAUCAUGGAGCUCCACUAUAACACUGAUGGCAGUCAGAUUGUGUCCUGUGCGACGGAUAAGAUGGUAUGUCUAUGGGAUACAGAGACAGGAGCUAGGGUGAAGAGAAUGAGAGGACAUACAUCAUUUGUCAAUUCAUGUUACUAUGCUAGGAGAGGUCCUUCAUUAGUCACCAGUGGUAGUGAUGAUGGCACCAUCAAAAUUUGGGAUACAAGAAAACGAGGCUGUGCCCAGACGUUCCAAAGUACUUACCAGGUCUUAGCUGUUUCCUUCAAUGAUACCAGCGACCAGAUUAUAUCCGGUGGUAUUGACAAUGAUAUCAAGGUGUGGGAUCUGAGAAAGAAUGGACUACUCUACAAGAUGUCUGGUCAUAGUGACUCUGUGACUGGGUUAGAACUAAGUCCAGAUGGGUCCUAUAUUGUUUCAAACUCCAUGGAUAAUACGUUACGAAUUUGGGAUGUACGACCGUUUGCUUCACCAGAAAGAUGUGUGAAGAUAUUCCAGGGACACCAACACAACUUUGAAAAGAAUUUAUUACGAUGUUCAUGGUCUCCUGAUGGUAGUAAGGUUGCAGCUGGAUCAGCUGAUCGUCAUGUCUAUGUAUGGGAUACCACAUCAAGGAGAAUCCUUUACAAGCUACCUGGCCAUGUUGGCUCUGUCAAUCAGAUUGACUUCCAUCCUCAUGAACCUAUCAUCCUCUCCUGUUCCAGUGAUAAGCAGAUCUACCUGGGGGAAAUCUUGUGAGGAUAUGAACCAAACAGAACUCUUGAUAUGGGAACUACUAUAGUAGUGGAGGCAUGACAUCAUUAAAGAAGAGCAUUAAACUGGGUCAGAUUGUGCUUCACAUUGCUGCCUAUAUUUCAAGCUCAGUGUACUUCACAAGAUAAAUCAUCCUGCUUCUGUAUGAUGAGGGAAAAUGUCAUGUUUCUUGUGAAAGAUGGUGGAUUGAUUUUAUUGUUUGACCAUCUUGUGCAGAAUCUGCUCCUUCAGUGUUACAUAUAUGCCAAAUGCAUUUUGAGAGUUUGUAAUUUAAAAUGGAGCUUAUAUAAAUUGUUUGAAUAAAGCUUGUUUUAGAGUGCAUAACGAAUCAUGCAUCCCUUUCAGACUGCCUUGAAGGUGUUUCAUGGGCUCGUAUCUUGAAGUCGGGCUUAAUUUAAACUCUGGCUUAAAGUUGUAGAUUAACUAUGGAUAGCCAAUUGUGACAUAAAUAUCUAACAAUAAAGGUUCAAUGUAUCGGCUCAUUUGACUCUCAAAUCAUUCUUAACUGUCAGGGAAGGAUAAAUAAGACAAUUGUCUUCACCAUUAAAGAAUUAAGAAAGAGCACAAUGAGCAUAAGAAACACACCAUAUGAAAAAAUUUUGACAUGUUUGGCUUCCCAUAAUUUUAGCACAGAGUUAGACUAUGGUCUAUUAAGUUAAACCCGAGUUCCGAAUACGGGCCAUAGAUUUUGAAAAGUCAUUUAUGGCUUUAUGAAUGACUUGGAUGUGGUAAGGUAAUAAGGUAUUGGCCAUGAAUGUAGAAAUUGAAAGCAGCCAGUAUUGUCUAAAUUUCUUGCUAGAGCUUAGUAAAAAAACAUUGAAGAAAUUGAUUAAAUUAUUUGAAAUAUGAGUCAUCAUAUGCUCUUAAAAUUACUUUUAUAUUCAUUGUUAAUACAGUUGUAUACAAAAUUUCAAAGAUUUCAGAAUAAAACAUUUUGGAAAGCUUAGUUCUAUAGAAUACAAAUAACCAUAAAGUUAAUUCAUUAAAACUUAUCUUCUUUUUUUGGGGGGACACAUCAAAUUCCAGACCCUUCAGCCCAUAGUGAAAUUAUUGGUGUAAAAUUAAGAUGCUUCCUAUAGAUUCUAUUGUGCAUAAGGAUCUGUGUGUCAUGAUAUGCAGAUGAAUUACCUUUCCCAUCGGUUUGUGCAAACUUUUGAACCAAAAGACUGCCCCAGUUGGAAAUUAGUUAUUUGAGUUUUCUUUGCUCUUCUUUUAAAACCCUAUCCACAAUCAUGUACUGGGUGCAUUGUCAUGGGAACAUUUCUGCACUUCCCUCUUGAGGAACAAUGUCAUCAGGCUUUGUCAUAUAAGUUCAAAAAUUUGGAAAGAAAAAAGUUGAACACAGUGUCCCCCCAAAAAAAAAUCCAAAACAAUCAAACUUUUGUAUUUACAUAGAGUAGACUGCAUAAGUUAACAUAAGUAGUCAAAUAAUUGCUUAACUAGAAUAAUUUAUUUCAGACCAGACUUUGUAAAAUAUGUUUUAGUAAUGUCUUUCAAGUCAUAUAUCACCCACAUUGAAAAGAUUUCACUGCUUCCCAAACAAUUUGACUUUGGAAGAGUCACCUUUUUUUAGUAUUAAUAGAAGUUCAAUUUGUCAAGUCAUGGCAGAUUCAGCUUAUACUGUACUUGAUAAAUUGUAAUUGUGCUCUGAAAUCAUGACUAGUAUAAACAAGUAUAAUAUUUUUUAGAUUUGUUGGCAGGGGGUUAUACUCUUUAUUAGGAAAUACAUGUACAUGUGUUUCACAGUAUCCUUGUUCAGAUGUAAAUAUUGUGAAUAUUUCUUGAAAAUUUGUAAUAAAACCAGUUUAAAAAAAACAACAACUAUGUAUGCGUGUUUGGAAUGUUGUAAUUGUGAGAAGUGGCUUAAGGCCAGGGACAAUAUAUAUAAAAUCCUGCCUAAUUGGCCACUAAAAUGUCAAAUUUAGAAUUUUGCUUCCCUUGCUUACUAAUUUCUUAGUGAGAGUUAUAGAUGAUGAUGAGCAACUACAUAACUUACCAGGGUGUGACAAUUUUUUUUUAUCUUUUCACCAAAUAAUGUACCAUGAUAUUGAUGGAACAUUUGUGUUUAUGAUUAUAGUAGGCCUACUAGUAACUAGUUAAGAAGAUGAAAAAAAUGUUAAAGAAAUUUUCCCACACCUAAAACUUUUCUGUGAAAAUUAGAUUUAUUCCACUGAGAUGUGCAUAUAGUGAGCAAACACAAAAAGAAUGUCACUUUUAAGACUUGUAAAGAUUGGUUAUGCAGUGUUGACAGCACGUUAAAGCAUUUCUUGCACCAUUUUCAUAGUGCGGUCAUCCAAUUUUGACACAAUGUUUAAAUGCAUCAUAUAUUAGGCAUUUAUUUUUUUCCCAGAAGAUGAAUAAUGGAUUUCAUGACACCCAAUUCAGGACAUGAUAAUCAGAAGUGUCUGAUAUAAAGGUAGAAUAGGGUUAACCAUAAUAGCUAGACAAAAUGUUGGGUAAUUCAAGUACCGCAUGUACUUGAGGGUCGCAAUUUUUUCCUCAAAACUUUGCGCGAGACUUGAACAGACCUGCCAACCAGUACGUUUUUGGCGUAUUUAGUAUGUUUUUGCAACCAAAUUACGGCAGUACGUUUUUUUUUUUUUUACAAAAUCGUAAUUUAUUGAGAAAAAUCAUCUCUAUAUGUCUAUUUCAUGAACCUUACACAAAUAUGGUUAUUCGAUCAAUGUAAUUUCAGGUAACUUGUUUUUUUUUUCAAUCAUUUUGUUAAAACCAGGGUGAGAUAUACACAUGUUUAAUUUUUUUUUUCAUUUGCAAGAGCAGAGCGCAUUUUAGCUUGCAUGCAGCUUGAGUGCCGCGAUGAGCAAGUGCGGCGCGCAUUUUAUUAUGAAAUACACUUAUUUUGGGAAAAAUACACUUUUAUCACAGAACACACUUUUUCAUUCCCAGGGUUGGCAGGUCUGCUUGAAAGAAAAAAGUAAUGGAACAAGGCAGCACCAUCUUUUUAUAUUACAGAUAUAUCACUAAAAACGUGGGCGGAGGGAUAAAAGAUGAUUAAGAGCAACAAUAGAAGUAAGUGCUAAAAAUGACUUGCUAUAUUGAUUUGUAAUACAUCAUUCCAAACAUGAUGCUUAGGAGUUAUGACUAUCGAAAAGUGUCAAUUUUGCCCGAAUUCAUGCUCACUUAUGCACAGCUUGAUUUUAUUGAUCUUGUUUUCACAGAAAAAAAAAGUGUAGGGACUCUCGUCAAGUUACAUUGCUCAAAACCUUUUCAUUAAAGCCCAUCUUAAAUUUUGGUGAAUUAAUUGAUUAUGUUCAAAGUUUGAUUAAGGUACAAUCUAAAAUAUGAUAUACAUGGGUAACAAUUUUAAAGUCUCAUGGAUUUUAAACUGUUGGUCUCAAAUUAUUUGCUCACUAGUUUUUGGAUAUAUCACCAUUUCACGGAUGAAAAUUUCAGGAUGUAAUAUUUGUAUGCCUUUUGGCAUCUAGUAGCUAAAUCUAUUAGAUAAGUGUUCAAAGGGCCUUUAUAUAUUUACCAAAAGAGGGAACUGAAGCCUUACCAUCUAAUUCAAAUUUGUACAAAGAAUUAUUCACUAAUAGUGAUUAUAAAAAGUGACUAGACUUCUUGAAAGAUUCUAAUGUAAGGACAGUUAUCCACUAUUAUUCUCAUUAUUUAAUCUGUUUUAAUAUACAAGUUUUUUUAAUCUAUUUCCACAAGUAAAGAAAGGGGCAUUAAAUGUAAACAGAAAAGGGGAGUUUGGUUAUUCAAAAUUCAAGAAUAGAACAGAUAGGGCACAUUCUUUAUUUUUCAUUUUAUCAUCAAAACAGGCAAAAAUGAAUAAAAAUAACAGAUGGGAGUGGGAAAAGGAACAUGAUUAUUGUUUUCUAGAUUUUGUUUUGUUUGUUCCAUAUUGCCUUCUGUUUAUUCUUGUACAAUACUCC